AUGAGGCCGAGACACAUACUUGCCCAGACUUUACUCUCCGGGCUGAGACUAUUGCUUCUGAGGAAAGAAAACAUCGCAGCGCACGACAAACGGCGCCUACAAGUCUCCAUCAAUACUGCGUGGCAGCAUGAUCGGCUCCAUGGCGUCGACCGGUUCGUGGUAUCAGACCUCUUCGCCGCAAUACUUGAUUCGGUGAAUGAGAUAUCACGUGAGAAUCCAUAUAUCCAAGAAUGGGCCAAUGCAAGAUUACCAACUUACGCUGCCGGAUUGUAUCCUCUCAACAUCAAGCCCGAAAUGUUCAUCACUUCCCUCAUUCAUGGGACUAUGGAAGAGGACUGGAUCGAUGCAUACUGGGUCUUGUUUGACUGCCUUUGGGCUGUCGAGUCUGCUUUGACUCAACGCUAUGUUGACCUUCGACGGCAGAGUGGUGUGGUCGGAUCUCACCAAUUUGUGAUUGAUACAGAUGAGACCUUGGAGCAGCUAUACCAGACAAGAACGAGCCUCAUAAUCUCAAUUUUCCAUGUCACCGGCCCGAUGACCCCAACUCCUCACUUGUUAGACUCACUUUCCAUCACACUCCUUGACUGGAAUGAGGAUUUUGACAGCUUUCUGUCUCGACAAGAUUCCCUUUUGCAGCAGGGGCCUAGCCCUAGACCGACAGCUUCAAGAGUAUUUAGCUAUGGCCGGAAUGUCCUCGAAACCAGUCCUUAUUUCGAGGCCGCGUUGAAGAGCUUCUCAGAAUGGUUAUCAAAUCGGAAGUCUGGCUAUGAGCAGUUCAGCAUCAGGAGAACAGGCGUAACUGCAAAUGAUUUAGAAGAGAUGGCGAGAGAAUGGAUCACGCGCAUGACUUCGCUCAACGUCGAGACACACACUAGGGAUUUAGAAGGCACGCUGCUACCUCUAUAUAUUGUCAACUGCCCAAAACUACAUGUCAUUCCCAGAAAACAUCUCGAAUAUAAGCUCAGAUGGUGUGACAAGUGGGCCUAUGAGGAGAAUUCUCCAAUUGUGAAUUGGAAAGAAGGCGUAUCAUGUCCAAGUUGUAGCUCGGGUGAAAAGAUUAAAUACGCACGCCUCAUAGAACCGUUUCAGCACCUCGCAAAUGCACUUGAAACUUUCCAUUUCGAUGAUUACGGCUUGAGUCAGUAUUCUGUCGGCGAUUCAGGGUCAUACGACGCAGCGUCGGCAUCAGGUACCUCACAUACCGUGUCUUCCGAAGCUGAAAGCGUUGCUAUAAGCCUACCGUCUCAAUCGACUAUGCCCGCUUGUAAUCUUUCACAGGUCUCGAGUUUGAGCGAAAGCAAAGAUAUCCCAGAGCAGUCCCCAAGCCAGCCUCCAGGCUACUUGGAAUCUCCUGUCAGCCCGGCUGCAUUCACUCCUCUCUCUCGGCGAUCCCCGCCUGGGUCUUCGUUCAUAGAAUAUCCUGUCAGCCCGUUAAAUGAAUCCUUGAACGUUCCAAUACCGAUCUCGUCAAGGAUGUCCAUGGAUCUUCCAAUACCAGUGAACGCUCUGAACAUUCCGGAGAGUAUUCCAGAGACAGUUUCAGCGCAAUCAGAUAUAUCAAGCCUCAGGUUAAAUACUCCUUCGACAGAUUCUAUGAUGAGCGGAGGCAGUAUUGCAAAGGUGAAACCAACAAGUAGAACAGUACGGAUUGCAAACUCAAUAAGACGAAGACCAACGACGAAAGAGAAGGAAGCAUUCCCUCUGCCGAAGGAUCCCUCGUUUGUAUUUUCUACGUCUGGCCACUCCUUGUUAUUAUGGGGGAAAUGUGCUGACAACCUUAUUCGAUUUGACAUUCCAAGCAAUGAUACAUCGGCUAUCCAGGGUUGUAAGUAUGAAGUUGGAGGGAUCGAGGCUGCCGCUUCCGGGAAUCAUAAAUGUGCAAUCAUUGCAGCUGCUGGGUUGCAGAAGCAUAAGCUCUUAAUCUUCGACGGAAUCAACCUCAAUCCGGAAUUCGAAACGGAAAUCGAGGUUUCAGGCAGAAUUGGCGAGAUUUGUCUAGCCGUUUCUCGGAACGACAAAUUCGUUGCAACAUCUAUGAAUGAUCAGAUCUUAAUCUAUCGACUGGAAGACGGCAUCAAACUGAUGGCCUUCCACCACCAGAUCCAAGUCUAUGAACUUCGAGGGGGGGUCUCGCAUCGCCGCACGAUCAAUGUCGGAAGAACUAAGAGUGAUGAGUCUGUCACGGAACAAUUGAAGACAGAUACAGGCUGGUUUGGUGAGCACCUCAAGGGGCUUAGCUCAAAAGAGGUGGCAGAAGAACAACAAAGGCAAAGUGCGAUUGUUUCAAGAAAGAUUUAUUUCUCGACCGACAGCAAACGGCUUGUGGUAGCAACGCAGUUGGGUGACCAUUGUGUCUACGUCGACGUUUGGGAUUGCGAGAGGGAACCUGUGAGCACCAUAUCCGAGCAUUCCCGCUCGUUCAAAUUACCCCCUUGGACACUCAACGAUGGUGAUCUUACCAGCGUGUUUUACGAUACAAUGCGCCGAAGCGCUAUAGUUACAGCUUUCCUCGGGAAAGAAUAUCCACUGCUUCUCCCCUUCCCAGGCUAUGACUCUCUACAGAACGAGCAGUAUAGCACGAAAGUUGUCCAUGCAGCACAGUCUCCUUCCGGGACCACCUUCACCGUUGCCAACGCAAUGACAGAAAUUAUCCAGUUCGAAUACACCGCCAAAGGCGGUCUAUCACCCCGCAAGCUAAAGAAGGCAUCGUCCAAGAUUAGCACUAGCGUGUUCAAGCCCGGAACUAUUGCUCUCGCUAUGCCACUUGAGAAUUGCUUGCAGUGCUUCUGGCUCAAAGACGGGAAGUGCAUGUUGAGGACCGUCAAGAUUGGAUCUGGGGAAACCUUCAAGGAGUACGAUAUCCGGCCGCACUACAAUCGACUGAUGAGCUUAAAGAACAAACCUGUCAUUGCGAGGGCUCCAACGCUCAGAAUUCCUGAGUUGGAUGCUGGAGAGUUGUCCUGA